AGAGAAUGGGUUUUCUCCCCCAGCAGGAAUGUCCCAUGCCAGCCCCACCCAACUCCUUCUCCCAGCGCUCCUACAAGGGGAACCCAAAUCAGGGCUGUGUCCCAGAAGGAAAUCUUGGGGGGGCAGGCUGUGGAGGGGGACCUCCUUCUGCCCCCACCCAACAUUGUGCCACUAAUUUAGAUACCAUUUUGUAAUAUAUUACAUGCUAAUUGUUUGACCACGGGAAAGACCAAAAUUGGGAAAGUAGAGGCAAGAAAGUAAAGGCCCCCCAAACUCCGGAGAGCCAGUUGAAGAUAUUUUGGUCUGUCUCCGGCCUGGCUGGGUCUUGCACACACUUUCUGGCGCCUUAAAUCCGGAUCCUCAGGACAGUCUUAACGCUCCUCGCCUUAGCCCUGCUCCGGAAGGGUCCCCAGGCCACCGGGGGCAUCUCCGCCCUGCCUUGAACUCCGUCCGGCGGGCACUGACGCCGCGGGCGCCGGAGUUCGGGGGCAGGGCGAGGUGUGGAGCGAGAGCCGGGCCGCCGGGGAAGCGCCGAGAGGCGGAGACACAGCGACGGUGGCGGCGGCGGCUCCGCCCGGGCCCGGCCCCCGCCGGGGUCUCAGUUCCUGGCAGGGCUGCGGGAACGCUCCGGGCCCGCGCCCCCUGCGCGCCGCAGCCUUUCCGGCAGCUGAGUGGCGGGCCGCGCGGCAGGUGGCUCGCAGCAAGUGAUGGCAGAGACCCCCAGCCCCAUGGCCAGGCCUGGGGAGCCUGGUGCUGGGGAGGCCCAGGAGGAGGAGGAAGUGGAAGAGCGGGACGCUGUGAGGUCAAGGGCAGAGAUGCUAGAGCAGGCCCGGGAGCUGUUUCUGCUUUGUGACAAGGACGCCAAGGGCUUCAUCACUCGGCAUGACCUGCAGGGUCUUCAGAGCGACCUGCCCCUCACACCUGAACAGCUAGAGACGGUUUUCGAAAGCCUGGAUCAGGCCCACACAGGCUUCCUCACCGCUCGGGAGUUCUGCCUCGGCCUGGGGAAGUUUGUGGGGGUGGAGUCAGCCCAGGGCUCACUGCCCUUCCAGGCUCUAGAGGAGACCUUUGAGUCGGGCUGGUCAGAUGUGCAAGGCACUGAGGGCUCCCUGGAAGAAGAGGAAGAGAGAUUCUGCCAAGCGCUGGAGCAGCUGGGGGUGGCCCCGGUUCUGGGCGAGCAGCGAGCGGUGCAGACGCUCUGGACCCGGUUGCAGCGCGAGCGACCCGAGCUGCUGGGCUCCUUCGAGGACGUUCUGAUGCGCGCGUCCGCCUGCCUGGAGGAGGCGGCCCGAGAGCGGGACAGCCUGGAGCAGGCGCUGCGGCGGCGGGAGAGCGAGCACGAGAUGGAGGUGCGCGGUCUGUACGAGGAGAUGGAGCAGCAGCUACGCGAGCAGCGUCGGCGCCUGCGGAAUCAGGAGCUCCCCCGGGAGGAGCGCAGAGGCCUCCUGGAGCUGGAGCUGCAGAACCGCGAGCAGGAGCUGGAGCGUGCGGGCCUGCGACAGCGGGAGCUGGAGCAGCAGCUGCAGGCCCGGGCCAGCGAGCAGCUGGAGGCGCAGGCGCAGAACGCCCAGCUGUGGCUGGCCAACGCGGCGCUGAGAACUCAGCUGGAGGGCGCGCAGGAGCAGCUCCGCAGACUGGAAGGCGAGGCGCAGGGCCGCCGGGAGCAAACCCUACGAGAGGUGGUCGCAGUCUCGAGGAACAUGCAAACGGAGAAGCUCAGUCUCCGGCGACAGCUGGAGCUCCUCAGGGAGCUGAACACCCGGCUUCGGGACCAGAGGGACGCCUGUGAGGUCAAGCGGCUGAACAGUGGUCGAAGGAAAGCUCUGGCCGUGGCCCGCUUGCCAGGGUCCACCUGCUGCUGCUGCUGCUGCUGGGCUCGUCCUCCGAGACGUGGCUCUGGCCCCCUUCCCAGUGCCCACUGACCAUCCCCAAGAGACUUGGAGAAGCCACCCCUUGAAGGUGGUGCAUCGUGGCUAGGUGCUGCCCAUCCAGCAGACUGCCUCCACGCAGACAUGAAGGAACUAAUGUAGUAGUGCUGAGUCUCAGGUGCCUUCCUGCUGGUCCUCAUCCUGUCCCCAUCCCAUCAAACCCAUCUCUGACCAGCAGAAGAACUCCCUCCUCCUAAUAAAGUCCACUGACUGCACUGUGA